AUGACAAGGAAUAUAGACAAUCUCCAGCUCUUAUUCGGGCCCGGAGACCAUAUCUCAUUAGAAAUGCUGCUACAGGACUUGCACUGCUUACCUUUGCAAUAG